AUUUGCAUGAAGCUCCCAUCCCCGAAAGGAUCACAUGGUGCUAAUGCGAGAAGAACGAACGAUGGCGGUUACCGGUCGCUCCUCUCUGCUCUUUCUAAUCGCGGGAUUUUUGCACCUUUCUAUUCCCACCGGAGCCCUGCACACGGUCGGUUCCCUGCCCCUGGACACGGUCACGUUUUACAAGGUUAUCCCCAAACUGAAGCAUGUCCUGGUGAAGAUUGACACACAGUAUCCUUAUGGAGAGAAGCAGGAUGAGUUCAAGAAGUUAGCAGAAAACUCUGCUUCCAGCAAGGACCUCGUGGUGGCUGAAGUUGGAAUAUCAGAUUAUGGUGAAAAGGAAAAUGCAGAGCUUGGUGUAAAAUAUAAAGUGGAGAAAGAUGACUAUCCUGUCUACCUGCUGUUCAGUAACGGGGAUUUGGAGAAUCCAGCCCAGUACGUGGGGGAGAUUAAACAGGAAAAUAUUCAGCAGUGGUUGAAAACUAAAGGUGUGUGGGUCGGGAUGCUGGGCUGCCUGGAGGAAUAUGAUUUCCUUGCCCAGGAGUUCAGCGGCACAAGUAGUCAAGAAGAACGGCAGAAGAUCGCGGAGAAGGUAAGGAACAUGAUAGGAAAGCUGCCAGAGUCGGAGCAGAAGCUGGCAGAACAGUACUCCAAAAUUAUGAGCAAGGUCUUGGUGCAAGGUGACUCGUUCGUGAGCUCAGAGAUUGCGCGGAUUGGCAAACUGCUGGAGGAGAGCAAGAUGAGCUUGGCCAAGAAGACAGAGAUUCAGAAGAGGCAGAACAUCCUGAGCUCUUUCCAGAUACCAAGUGCACUGAAAGAGGAGCUGUGAGAGGGAUUUGGGAUCUGUUGAAGUCUGGAGAAAGAAAGCUUCCUACUGUAAGUCAUGUUACUGCUGGAGUUGUCAGGAAAGGAGGGUCUCGCCUUCGGUAGUUCUCUCUUUCCCUAAUCCUGUUUGCUCAAUGUCACUGUCCCUUGCUAUACCCUCAGCUGCCACCUGACAGGACCCACAGGGAAGACAGAAGGUUGCCACCCCUUGCACUGUCCAUUCUCAAUCCCACCUCUCAGUCCUAGAGCAUGGAAGCCAAUAAUGUCAUGGUCCACCUCCUUACAAUCUCUUCCAACUCAGAGUCUUGGCAUCUCAAUUUGUAAUUAUCGCAAAUUGACAUGUAGCUGCAACAGUCCAAGUUCCUCUCUUUGAGAGGGAACUUUCAGCAACAUUAUCUUCUUUCUUUGGCAGUACGUAGCGCAGGGGACAGACAUACAUCAUCACCUGACAUUUUCCUUGCUGUGCAGAGCUCCCCGUUGUGUGGUUGCAGAGGAGCUACUUAACAGCAGUGCUCUACUGCAUUACGAUCUUCCAUUCAGUGUUAUUGGUGGCUUGGGAUCGGUCACCUACAGUAAGGGAACGGCCCGUGACACAGGUAGGCCAGCUGAGAGGAGGGGACACCAAAUGAAUCCAAAUUUAUUUCCCCCCUCCCCCCCAAAGCAUGUAAAAUUAGGGUGAAUUUUACCCAAAUCUGCCCUUCAGCAGUGACAUGGUUAAGAGUUUUAAUUGUUUACAAGCCUUUUUACGAUUUUAAAUCUUAAAAAUAAAUUUUUUCUGUAAUGUUUUGUUGAACAUUUGCUGACAUGACGAACUGAGGCAGAGUCUGUCCUUCCAAAAGCCAAUCUCAUUCCAAGAAUGUCGCAAUGGGCUGUAUGCAAACCGAGGGCAGAAGUUAAAGGAAUAAGUUUGUAAAAGGGUGGUUCACUAACGCUGCAAAUAUUUUAGUAGUCUAGUUCUCCUUAUUUCCUCAGUGGUCACUUUAAUAUGUACACCUGCUCCCUGUUGCAAAUAUCUAAUCAGCUAAUCACGUAGCAACAUCUCAAUGCUGCGGGGUGGCAAUAUCUUUGAACAACAUUCCCCAAUGUUGUCAUUUGGAGAGCAAGAGGAGGAAUGCUACAGAAUCCCUGCUAAGGUCCAGGCUAAUUAUCGAAGCAUCACGAGUGAAGCAGAACGUGUGCAAAUCUCCUCUCUCACGGUAGAAGGAAGCCCAAUUUCAUUCCCUAGGCUUUCUCAAUAAAUCCCAGAGACAAUCGUUUUACAGGACAGCCCAUCUACAGGGAUCUGUUGCCAGAACAAAAUCUGAAGUGACCUCAGGGUGAGCUAAGGAGUGCCCAAAUCCUGUUACAGACAUAUUCACAAAUGUACUCUACUCUGUGGCAAUAAAUAAAAGUUUAGUACAAAUUUGGUAACAUCCAGUUUUGCUCAAUUCUUAAUUAGAUUUUACUCCUUAAUUAGAUCUUCCAACAAUCUAUCAGUGUUAUAAUUGUCCACAUGUGAAAACAAUUUCUUGAGCCUAAUUGUUUUAAAAAUGUAUUAAACUUGAUAAUUUACACUUAC